AUGGCUGAGUACUGGUUAGAGCAGUCAGAGAAGUUGCUUCGACAUCUCCAGUUCAAUGACGAGGACAAAGUAAAUUGUGUCACUUUCAUGUUGGAGGAAGAAGUUGGGAAGUGGUGGCAGACUACAGAGCAAGCGUUGCAAAGAUCCUGCUCGAGGCAAGGGUUUGAAAUUGAUGAGACCCCAGUAUCAGUUUGGGAGGCCUUCAAUGAUAAGUACUUCCCGCUUAACUGGAGGCAAGAGAAGAGCUGGGAGUUUGCGAACCUAAAGCAAAUCGAAGAAAUGCCGGCCUUGAGCACAUGGUCGAUCGAAUCAUAUGAGGAAGCUCUAAGUAAAGCUUUGACGACGGAGAGGAACCUUCUGCAAGUGAAGCAGAUUAGGUCUGGAGAAACAAAAAGGGACUCAAAGCAGAAAUCGAGAAAUAAAAAUCCCCAAGGCAGCAAGCAAUGCUUCAAGUGCAAAAAGAGCCAUUCGAGGAGGAAAUGCUUAGCAGGAACGUCUAUCUGUUAUUCCUGUGGAAAGCAAGGGCACAAUAUUAGGGAUUUCCGCAAGAGAAAGGAAACACCUCCAGUUAAAGACCUGUCGAAGGUGGUGUGUUUCCAGUGCAAUCAACCAGGGCACUAUUCAAGUAACUGCCCGAAGAGGCCAAGACUCGAACAAAUAGAUGGGCUAACUGAAAAGGCAGGAGAGGCUCAUGGCACUUGUCAAGGACGUGUCUACAACCUCACCAAGGAAGAUGUGGGGACAAAUCCGGCAGUCGUGCAAGGAAUGGAUUUCUUGUCCAAAUACGACGCCAGUAUAGAUUGUCGAAGAAAGGUAAUGACCAUAAAGGAACCCGAAGGGGAGUGGGUCAGAUUUUGGGGACAGGGUGGCCCUAGGAAUGGAAAAAUGAUUUCGGGCAGGAAGGCAGAAAAGUUGAUAAGCCAGGGAUCUCAUGGAUGUAUAGCCUAUGCUCGUUUGGAAGAGAAAGAGGUACCAAAGCUCAAGGAGGUGUGGAUAGUAUGA